AUGGUAAUCGGUAGCGAUAUCACCCCACAGAUUCUGGUACAAGGACUCCAUCACAACGUAUGUGGUACACUUAUGGCACAAAACACGAUAUUCGGAUGGAUCCUCAGCGGGCCGAUUGCUGAAAAAAUAUCAACAUUCUCCACGUGUGUCACCGAAUCGCAAAACGACUCCCUUAACAGUCUUUUAAGGAAAUGCUGGGAACAAGAAGAAGUCUCCACAGGGAAAACGCUGUCCGAAGAUGAUAAACGCUGCGAGAAAUUGUACCGUUCGACAACAAUUCGGCAAGCAGAUGGACGCUAUAUGGUUAAAUUACCCUUCAAAGAAGACUUUGCAGAGAAAAUAGCCUUGGGUCACUCCCGACUAGGAGCGCAGCUUCAAUAUCUCAGCAUCGAAAGGAGUCUGGAGAAACGACCGGAACUAAAACAUAAAUACGCUGAGGUAUUGGAUGAAUACUUGGCUAUGGAUCACAUGGCUCCCACUUCUUCACGUGAAGUUAUAAAUGAGGGGAAAUAUUUCUCCUUUUAUUAG